AUGGCCCCAGAAAGAGCUGGGAAGAGUGUCUUCCUCGGGAAUAUCCCGUAUAACCUCACCGAGGAACAGGUGAAGGAUAUCCUUAGUUCCGCUGGCACAGUCACCAAAUUUCGCCUUAUGAUGAACCCUGAAACGGGGAAGCCGAAGGGAUAUGGAUUUGCGGACUUUGCCGAUGCCGAUGCAGCUGCAUCUGCAGUUCGCAACCUGAAUGAUUACGAGAUCAUGGGAAGAAAGAUCCGUGUGGAUUGGCCUCACAAUAACGAGAAAGAUUCGGUGCCGCUCGAUUACUCUCAACCGUCGCAGAUGCAAGCACAGGAUAGUCAGACUCCACAGUCCUCUGCUCCUUUGCCACCUCUGCCACCUGGCGUGGAGUUGCCGCCUCAUCUGGAUUGCCCAAACGCCAUAUCUCAAACACUUUCUUCACUACCCCCGAAUCAACUUCUCGAUGUUCUCUCCCAGAUGAAGUCAUUGGUCAUGGCCGACCCAGCACGAGCCACUGAGUUGCUACGACAGGCUCCUCAGCUGGCCUACGCUAUAUUCCAGGCGCUGCUGCUGAUGAACCUCGUCGACUACAGUACUCUGGGCUCCGUCGUGGAACAGGCUGCGCAACCAGCUGCUGCUGCUCCUCCCCCCGCGGCUCAAGCCUUCCAACCUUUUGGUGCUGUCCCAGGCCAGGUUUCUACGCCACCGAUGGUCAACACACCUUUUGUCCCCCAGCCAGCACCGCAGCCAGCACCGCAACAACAAAUGCCAGGCCAAGAAGAUUUGCUGCAGCAAGUUCUUGCUAUGCCCCAGUCAGCUAUCGAUGCGCUUCCACCGAUGGAGCGUAGCCAGAUCAUGCUGCUUCGGCAGCAAUUAAUGCAGGGAGCUAUGCGGUGA